CGCACUGUCAGCACUGCUGACUCGAGUUACUUUAAUCAACUGAUAGAGGAUAGCUGUCUUUUUACCAUGAAUGAAUGAUUGAUAACAAACGAUGGAUUUAACCGAAAGUGAUUCUGACUAUGGGAACUGGAUGUCUGCUUUGUCCGAAGAGCUGUGGGACAUUCCCCUGUCAAAUCUCGCCAUCCCAGGCAGUCAUGACACCAUGAGUUAUUGUCUGGAUAUUACCUCACCUUUGGUUAGAUCGGAGUCGGACGCCUUUAGGAUUCUGGAUGGUCUCUUCUAUUGUUUAACACGACCUGUAAUUUACAGAUGGGCUACAACACAGGAAAAAGACAUUGUCGAACAACUCCAAGCAGGCAUCCGCUACUUUGAUCUAAGGAUAGCCCACAAACCUAAUGACAAGUCAGAUGAGCUGUACUUCACACAUGUCAUAUACACACACGUAACAGUUCUGGAGACUCUACAGAAAAUUGCAAGUUGGCUUGACUCACAUCCAAAGGAAAUCGUCAUCUUAGCCUGCAGGAACUUUCAAGGGCUCAGUGAGAAACUCCACGAAGCGUUUAUUUACUCUCUUAGGAGAACAUUUGCCUCAAAACUCUGUCCACACACGGAGGCUGUUGUGACCCUGCGGCAUCUGUGGAGCCUUAGGUACCAGGUGGUUCUGUCCUAUGAUGACCAGACAGCUGCGCGGCAUAACGAGCUCUGGCCUGCUAUUCCUUAUCUGUGGGCGAACAAGCCGACAGCAGAGGGCCUGAUCGACUACCUAGAGUGGCAGAAGUCAGAGGGUCGCCCAGAUGGGUUCUUUGUGGCUGGCCUAAACCUAACGGCAGGCCGCUGUUUCAUUGCCUCUCACCCCCAUGAAUCGCUGCGCUCGCUGAGCGUGGAGAACUGGGACGGCGUGAGGCAGUGGCUGAAGGAGCAGAGGCCCGGCCCAGGCCACAGCUGCCUCAACAUCAUCGCUGGAGACUUCGUGGGCCUCAUUCCCUUCUGCCACCUGAUUAUUGCUCUGAACAAAAAACUGAUCCCAGCAUCCCAGAGCCACGGAGACUGAGAGGCCUGGCUGAGAACAAGGAUUUUGACGUCAUACCUCCCAAAGAAGGAACUACCUGAGCUCCAUAUCAAUUAUCACAGUGCAAUAUCUAACACAAUAUUUUUUUUAUUCAUGAACCUUUUUUACACACGCUUUUUACAAUACAUUUUGAGUAUCAUGAUGCAUUCAUAUGGUCAUUUGAAUGUGGUUAGUUUGACACCUUGGCCAAACGGGACACUCUGUGGUAUCAUGAGCUAUUGUUUCAAAGGGAAGACUGGACUGCAGUGUGAUACGCCUGAAGAUGUACGACACAUUCAUUGCCUGCUACAUAAUGACAAGUGAACGGCCAAAAGAAAAGUCCUGUCAGAAUGAUUGUGUUCCCCAUUAGUCACUUUACUGUUACAUUUCCACAAGCAAUACACUUUUUAUGUCCACUUUCUA